GGCCUUUGCUGGUAGGCAAAAUAUCGCAUCCCUGAAAAUACAAUGGAGUAUAGACAAACUAUACAGCACCAACAUUUUUUGAGAAACAUGCUUUCUGCUUUUAAAAAACAUUCUGAAUUAUAUCAGCAUAUUGUUAUUUGAAAGCAAUAACUCAAACUUGCAAUCAUGACCAAAUAAAAAAUCUUGAUUUGAUUAUGUCCUAGCCUAUCUUCUAGGUUAUCUUCAUAAUUACACAGUUUGACUAUACGUUAGGCUAUAGUUUUUGGAGAUGCGAUAUUAUGAUUUUCUUCUACCCUGCUGAUCGAGUGACCUUGUUAUUUUCACAGAGGUGGAUCAGCUACAAUAGUUGAUUCUAGAUUGUUAUAAAUUUCUGCUGUGUAAUAACUUAGUUUAAAGAUGUCUGCCAAGGCUAUAGCAAAGCCCGUAAUGAGGCGGAUGCUUUACACUCAAACCAAAAAGGAUCUGGUUAUUGCCAUUGCAGCUUCAGUGGCUACUGGGGUUGCCUACAAAUUUUUGGUGGCUGAACCUAGGAAGCAGAGAUACGCAGAAUUCUACAGAAACUACGACCCAAAUGCAGCCUACGACAGAAUGGAGGCCAAGGGCGUUUUUCAAGACUUGCCUUGAAAGGCUAAAUAUGUGGUUUAUGUAAAUUCGAAAAAGUGUUUAGAUUGUAUGUUCUUUAGAUUAAAUUCCAAUUAAAUAAAAACUGAUGCUUUAACACUCCUA